AGAUCCACCAGCCCUGCUGAAUCGCUGCCGUUUGCCCUAAAUCUGAUCACCGCCAACAUAUGUGCACAUCCUAACACCGCUACCGACUGGUACUGUCGAACCCACCAGCUCUAUGUUUCGAGAUCUGUCCUGGAGGCUAUCCAUCCCUUAAUUUGGCUUGUGACUGCUCUGCAUAAAUCCGUCUUCAAUUUCCUACAUCUGCCGCGGCGUUGGCAUUCCUCGGUGGCCUAGACGCGAGCUUCGUGUUCUCGAACGGAUUUGUCAGAAAGGACGUGACAGGGAGGAGGAUGGGCGUUGGCAAUUCGAGUACACUCGCACUCAGGAUAAGAGGAGGGGGAACAAGAAGUAACAGGUGGCGACCUAGCCAUUUCAAAGGCUAAGAUGGAACCAUUCGAUGUCAAACUCUAUGAGAAAUACAAGAAUUUGAAGAAAAGAAAGUUCACAGAGGAGGAGGAGUGGAACCAUACAAGAGAUGCUGAAUUGAGAAGUUUUCAGUCUGCUGUGGAGGACUUGAUAGAAGAGUUGAAUAAAGAAAACAAGGGGCUUCAUCAACAGUUGGAUUCAUUUCAGGAGAAAUAUGAUGAAUGUAGAAUGUUACUGCUUGAAGAGGGCAAGAAAUCCAAAGAGCUCUCGGAUGAAGUUGAAAAACUUCAGAAUCUUUUAUUGAAGAAGAAAGAAAUGAAUAAUGCUCUGUUGUUUUCAUCUCCAUGUACAAGUUCUAAAGUUAGAUCUGAAGAAAUAUCUAAAAGCCCUCCAGGACAGAGAAUAACAGAAUCAUGUGGGGAAAAUGGAACUCAACACAAAGUGCUGAUAGUCGUUACUUAUAAUAACAAAAAAACUGGUACCAGUAUGAGAGAAUACUACAAGAGAAACUUCAGCAGUCUAGGUAAGCAAUCAGACGAUCGCAGCAAUUUCAUAUUCCAGACUCUUAUGAGGUUCUUAGUGGGCAUGGAUCUUUAUGCCGAUAAUCAAACUGAAAGCCCCUCAAUUUUGAUGGUUCACAAAACUAGUGGUUACAGCUUUAGCUUAACAUGGAUACAACAUGAAGGUGAUGAAGGUGAGUGGAUGUAUCAUGUUUCUUCACUAGGGACUUUAGAGAGCAUAGCUUGGGAUUGGAUGAAGGAAGACAUCAUAUUUAGCGCAGUCAUGUGUCGUGAUUUCUUUGAAAGGGUAUCGCUCAUCAUCGGGAGAAUGUGACUAAGAUGCAUCUUUCAUGGAUGAAAGCCUUGGAACUCUAUACUUAAACA